CAACAAUACAUAUAUACGUACUUAUGCUCGUAUAUACAAUAUUCUGAGAACAACAUUUUCUGAUAAUUAUUAAAACUACGUGGGUUGUUGUCAUGGCUCCUGAAAUCGUGAACUCCAAAGCAGGCAGAGACGGCGGAGCUGAGCUGAUGAUAAUCAACAGGAAUGCGGCCAGGAAUGCGUACGUCACCUUCUUGGCCGGUGAUGGUGACUAUGUGAAAGGGGUUGUAGGUUUGGCCAAGGGUCUGAGGAAGGUCGGAGCUGCUUUCCCUCUUGUCGUGGCGGUUUUGCCUGACGUUCCGGCUGAGCACCGCCGUGUCCUGGUGGAGCAAGGGUGUCUCCUCCGUGAUAUCGAACUGGUUUUCCCUCCCUCCACCGGUAAGGAGAGCCCUUUUGUCAGACCCUAUUUUGCUGUCAACUACUGCAAGCUCCGGCUUUGGGAGUUUGUGGAGUACAACAAAAUGAUAUACAUGGAUGCAGACAUCCAAGUGUUCCAUAACAUUGAUCACCUCUUCGACUUGCCUAGUGGCUGUUUCUAUGGUGUGGCGGACUGCCUGUGCGAGAUGUAUGACACACCUUGUGAGCAGAAGCUCCGGUGGCCGGAAGUGCUCGGGCCUCAACCGUCUUUCUAUCUGAAUGGUGGCAUGUUCAUCUUCGAGCCUAAUCUCAACACUUAUGAUCAACUGCUUGGCGCCCUUGAAAUCACCCCUUCCACACCGUUUGCUGAGCAGGACUUCCUCAACAUGUUCUUCAGAGACGUCUCGAAGCCAAUUCCUCCCAUUUACAACUUGUUGGUAGCAAUGUUGUGGCGCCACCCGCAGUGGGUCGAUGAUCUCGACAACGUAAAAGUGGUCCACUACUGCGUAGCCGGGUCGAAGCCGUGGAGGUACACUGGAAAAGAGGAGAACAUGGACCGGGCAGAUAUCAAGAUGCUGGUGGAGAGAUGGUGGGACAUCUACAACGACGAGGCCUUGGACUUCACAACCGACGUUCGUUCUGUACCUGCUGGCGGUGGUGGUGGGGUACCAGAACGUGCGAAAUUGGCAUCGACACUAGGGGAGGCGGAGGUGGUGGUGCACUAUAUCUCGGCUUCGUCGGCAGCGUAGGUUGUUUGCAUGUGCUGCGCAGGUUUUGAUGAUUUGCAUGAAUAAGUGUAUGAAGAUGUAAGUUUCUGUGACAAUAUAUAUGUUGGUCGCUUCUGCUGUGGUAUACAUAUAGAAAUGUAUGUUAUAUAUAGCUUUU